AUGGACACACAGAAGGACAUUCAACCCCCAAAACAGCAGCCAAUGAUAUAUAUCUGUGGAGAAUGUCACACAGAAAAUGAAAUAAAAUCAAGGGAUCCCAUCCAAUGCAGAGAAUGUGGAUACAGAAUAAUGUACAAGAAAAGAACUAAAAGAUGGGUGGGUUUUGAUGCUCGAUGAAACAUGAAAUUCAG